AUGGAAGACGAUUCGUGUCGUCGUGUUCGUGCCUAUCAAUGGGUGGCCAACAUCGCCAUGUGCUUUGCUAUCGUUUCGGUGUUCACUGUGUGUGUUUCAAUGCCGGCGAUUUAUAUGUACAUGUUCCAUGUCAAGCAGCUCAUUAAUACGGAAGUUAUCUCUUGUGAGGAACACGCUAGAGAGAUUUGGAAGGAGGUGGAGAUCAUGAAGAAUCUUCCAUUCGCCAACAGAACUUCUCGAUUCCCGAGACAAACUUACAAAGACAAGGCUCCAGAAGCUGCUGGUGGCGGAGGAGGAGAAAAGUACAAUGAGAGUCCUCCAGUCGCAGAUGUUGCUGGUGGUGGAUCUUGUGGAGGUUGCUGUCCAGGAGGACCGGGACCAAACGGAAAGCCAGGAAAACCAGGCCGUCCUGGAAAGCCAGGAGCUCCAGGAAUGCCAGGAGUCCCCGGAAAAAGCACAGUUCAAGCCCCAUGCGAGGCUGCUUCUCCACCACCAUGCAGAGUCUGCCCAAUUGGACCACCCGGAGAGCAAGGAACUACUGGACCAUCAGGAGACAAAGGACCAGCUGGACAACCAGGACGUAAUGGACCUGAUGGGCCAAACGGAGAACCAGGACCAAAGGGUCCACCAGGAUCCCCAGGAGCCGAAGGACAACCAGGAAUGCCAGGAGAGCCAGGAAAACCAGCACCACAAGAAGGAUCACCAAUUCCAGGAGAUCCAGGACCGCCAGGAGAUUCUGGAAUCCCAGGACCACCAGGACCACCAGGAUUGGCUGGACCAGAUGGUUUGCCAGGAAUGGCAGGAGCAAAGGGAGCAAACGGACCGGAUGGGCCACCAGGAGCAGAUGGAGAAACAGGACCAAAGGGACCACCAGGAUCUGCUGGAGGUGCCGGAGAAAAAGGAAUCUGUCCAAAGUAUUGUGCUAUCGAUGGAGGAGUUUUCUUCGAGGAUGGAACAAGACGCUAA